CAUUGUUAGUAACACUGAAGACACAACACAAAUGCCACCCAACACCACAGUGAUGGAAGAACUCAGAAAUUGGGCGUUUUGGCGGGCUGUUCUAGCAGAGUUGAUUGGUAUGAUCCUCUUUAUAUUCAUCGGUAUAUCUUCUGCUAUCGGGAAUAAACAUAACUCCAUGCCUGACCAGGAGGUUAAAGUAGCGUUAGCCUUUGGUCUGGCCAUCGCCACGCUGGCCCAGAGUUUGGGCCACAUCAGUGGAGCCCACCUGAACCCAGCCAUCACCCUAGGUCUGCUGGUCAGCUGCCAGAUCAGUGUGUUCAAGGCAGUGUUCUACAUACUGGCUCAGAUGCUGGGAGCUGUAGUAGCUAGUGCCAUAGUGUAUGGAGUCAAGCCGACAAACAUUGAUGCACUGGGAGUUAAUCACCUGAAUAAAAUAAGUGUAGGACAAGGGUUUGUCAUCGAGCUCCUGACCACCUUCCAGCUGGUCCUAUGUGUCAUAGCAGUGACUGAUAAAAGGCGUGGGGAUGUCACCGGUUCUGCCCCUCUAGCCAUCGGGCUCUCUGUUGGCCUGGGACAUCUUGCAGCAAUCAGUUUCACUGGAUGUGGCAUUAAUCCUGCUCGCUCAUUUGGGCCAGCUGUAAUCUCCAAACACUUUGGUGACCAUUGGGUGUACUGGCUGGGGCCGAUGUGUGGAGGUGUAGCAGCAGCCCUUAUCUAUGACUUCCUCCUGUAUCCUAGAAGUGAUGACUUCAGUCAGCGGUGGAGUGUUCUGGUCAGUGGGCCAGACAGUGAGAAUGAUGCCCCAAAUUUUGCUUAAAAACCUUGUUUCUGCAGUCUCUGCCAGCCGCUGAAAGAUCCAUAUGUAGAAUUCAUUUAAACUGUCAGUUUGAUUUAUGCAGUUAUCUAACUUGUAUUAUUGCUGUACCAGACAUGUUGUAUUGUGUUUCUGUUCAUCCUGUGUUGAAGGUUGAAACAUUUGUACACCUAGGGGACAGUUCAAAAUGUACUGUAAAAAAAAAUGCGCACCCUUCCCCUUAUAGAAUUAACACGAAAUUAUGUUUUACGACCACAAAUAACUGUAGUGACCCUGUGUUGUUUAACGUAGAUAUCGACUUUGCCACUUCAGCAUGGUUUUGUGGUACAGUCGAUGCCACGCAAGGCUACGGGCCAGAAGGUUGAGGAUUUGCUAACCACCACUGACGAGCUAACUCUCCCUGCCUUUCAUUAGAACUACACUACGAUCAGAGCCGGCUGCAGACAAUGAUCAUCCAGGUGGAAAUCAGAUUUAAUAUUUUGAUACUAUAUUUAUAAUUAUAUAAAAUAAAUGCAACAAAUAUAUGCAACGCCACAAUCUGCACAGUUUGAAUGCCGGAAUUAUAUUUUGGACGAAUGUGCGCAGGUAGCCUACAGAAGACUUUUGAAGUAGCCUAAUCAUUAAAACAUUGUAACUGGUUGUGUUGAUGCCACACAUAAAAGGUAAUGAAUUUUAAAAGUGAAAUUAACUAUAUUUAGGCUAUAGGUUAUUGAAGCGUUAAGCUCUAGGUGCGGGACAGCAGAGUUGUCAAGCUUUCCUGAAUAACUGGGCCUGCUGGAAGCCUACUGUAUGUGGCCACAUUAUUAUAGGACGACUUGGGAUAAUGAGGAUCCGCAACAAACAGCGCAUCUCAGUAUCAGAAUUUAAAAUACAGCCAAACAGCCAAAAUACUAUUUUGGACCGCCCCAGUUAAUAUCGAACUGCCCCUACGGUAUUUACAUUUUCUUUGUUUUAGUGUUUGCUUUGUGGAAAUAAAGUAUUUUUUGUCAUUAAAGAAUAAACUGUACCAGUCAAGUUUGAACACCUA